CAAAAGUAACUCCAGAAUAUCAUUAUUGUACGGGCCACGUCCAUUAUCAUCUUAUGGGCUGUUUGCGUCUUAUGCCGAAAUUUAUUUGUUUCCUCCAUCAAAGUUGCUCAACAUUCACAAAUUUUUCCUAUCAAAUCUCUGUACAAUUUCAAAUUUCAACUGCUUACUCCUGUUAAUUCUGUCAUAUCUCGUAAAAUCUCAAAAAUAUCAACUUUAUUAAAUUUUUUAUUUUUUUCAUUGUAUUGGGCAAAGAAGAAGAAUCCAGGUGAAGUAUCAAAUCAAUAAUUGACUAUUCAAUUUCCAUCAAUAAUCGAAAUUGAAAUAUAUGGCGGAGGAUUACCAAUCCUGUUCUUCGUCAGUUGGGAACAAUCUUGGUUAUCCUAAAAUUGAAAUUGAUGAUUACGAACCCCGCGUUUUUCGUCCUCAGUUUCUUGGAGAAGAUAAAGAGUACAACGAUGGCCGUGAUGACAAAGUAGCUGAUGAAGCUGGGGUAGAAGAGAAGAAAGAAAUUGUGCAAUCUGAAACUAAGUGUUCUUCAGAUCCUGAGAGAAAUAGUGAUGUCUUGGAUGGUGCAGUUUCUGGCAGUCAGAAGCAUGGUAAAUUCUUCUUUUAUGAUACCCCUGUUUCGGAGGAAACUGGAUUUUGGAUUCCUGUCUCUGUGCCACCACUGACCGAAAGCGAACAUGAAAAAUGGGCAACAAACCCUUCUGUGAAUGGAGGUUAUCUACCUGAUACAGAUAUGGAUUGGAAUCAUUUUAUUGGGGAAAAUAAGGAGCUGACAAUGUGGGAUGUGGUUAUGGAGAUCAUCAUCGUAGCUGGUGGGAAGGUGAAGGCGCUUGCUUCAGGGGACUUUCAGCAACAGCAACUCUCUUGGAUAUCAGCUAACUUCCUUGAGCAUACUUGGCAGGAGAUGGCUCAAACCCUGACAGAGGCAACUAUAACGAAUGUGCAGGAGAUUUUGGAGGCUGAGCCUCCACGUUGGCUUCCUGACAGUACUUCAUCAACCUGCAUGCUUUGUAGCGUGCGUUUUCAUCCUAUCAUUUGCUCCAGGCAUCACUGCCGCUUUUGUGGGGGAUUGUUCUGCAAUGAAUGCUCCAAGGGAAGGAGUCUAUUGCCUGUGAAAUUCCGUACCCCGGAUCCACAGCGAGUUUGUGAUGUGUGCUGUGUGCGUUUAGAGUCUGUCCAGGGGUAUCUGAUGGAUCAAGUUAGUCGUGCUGCACAGUUACCUACCUAUGAUUUGACUGAUCUCAGUACCUUGAGAUCUUGGCUUAAUUUUCCAUGGGGUCAAUCCAUGGAAUAUGAGAUUUACAAGGCAGCUAAUGCACUCAAAAGCUAUAGCAAGAUUGGUACCAUAUCACCUGAAAAGUGCAUACCAGAUACCAUCUUGAAGCAAGCAAAAGGCCUUGCCAUUCUCACCGUCGCCAAAGUUGGUACUGUUAUGACCUACAAAGUAGGUACUGGGUUAGUUGUUGCUCGAAGAAAAGAUGGUUCUUGGUCUGCGCCUUCUGCCAUUGCUUCAUUUGGCUUGGGUUGGGGAGUUCAGGUAGGUGGACAAUUUACAGAUUUUAUAAUUGUGCUGAGAACUAGUGAAGCGGUCAAAAUGUUUGGAGGAAACAUGCACAUUUCUUUUGGUGCUGGAAUGAGUGCUGCUGCUGGUUCUGUGGGAAGGUCUGCAGAAGCUGAUAUCCGUGCUGGAGAUGGAGGUUGUGCAGCUUGCUAUACAUAUAGCUGCAGUAAAGGUGCUUUUGUUGGUUGUUCUCUUGAGAGUAAUUUCGUAACAGCUCGGUACAAAGAAAAUUCUAGAUUUUAUGGUAAUUCAUCGUUGAAGGCAUCCGACAUUUUGCUCGGGACAUUGCCAAGACCUCCUGCUGCCGCUAUCCUUUACGAUGCUCUUUCAGAUUUAAAUCAGAAAUUGGAUUGAUUAUGUUCUGAAUCUUGUAUAUAUUGCCUCUUUCUCAAAAAAAAAAAAGAUUCAAUUGUAGAUUCUCAGUCUCCUAAGCCCUAAUUCUUGAAAUUAGGCUAUCUCAUUGAUUAUUAUUAUUUUACAAGUUUGAUUGGAUUGUACAGCAUAACAGCAAUGUUUUGGGAAAGUGAUUUAUGUUUCACUUAAAUUUGUUGGAAGUUCAACUUGAUUGUAAAUAUCAACAUCAUAUAUGGCCGAAAGGUUGAAUGCUUGAUUUAUUUAUGGGAAACAUUGGUACUCAACUUAUA